UUUAACCAGGGUAUGUUUAAGAUCUACCCCCUGCCGGAGGACCCCUCCGUCCCCCCUCCGCCCAGACAGUUCAGAAAGCUUCCUCCCAACGGUAUCGAGGAGUGUCUGGUCCGAAUCUACAUCAUCCAGGCUCACGGACUGCAGCCAAAAGAUGCCAACGGGAAGUGUGACCCCUACGUGAAGAUCAGUUUGGGGAAAAAGACCAUCAACGACCAUGAAAACUACAUCCCCUGCACGCUGGACCCUGUCUUUGGAAAUGGGGGGCGCUGCACACACACCAAUCCCAGUGAGCGCAGAGGGCAGCGCUCCAACUGGGAGCUGCUCUCAGUGAUCAGAGUCCUGCUGGAAACCUUUGAUGGAU